UGUUGUCCGCAACAAAUGCGUCAAAUAUAUCCCGCAUUUAAGCGCGUGACAAAAAAGGCGGCCGCUCAACUGAUUGCUUCAAUCAAAUAUAUUGGGAAGGAAGUUCCUCGCGAAUUUUCCGAAAUGAUUGCUGGUUGUCAUGCUGUUGUGCAAGCUCUUUUGGGAACAUUGCUUACAUGGAGUUUGACAGCAGCCGGAGCUGCCUUAGUGUUUGUUUUUGAUGGAAGUCAGCGUAAAGUGCUGGAUGGAAGUCUUGGCUUUGCUGCGGGGGUGAUGACUGCUGCCUCUUUCUGGUCUCUUCUUGCUCCAGCCAUCGAGAUGGCAUCUCAAUCAAACAUUUAUGGCCAAAAUGGGCAAUAUUCCUUUGUACCAGUAUCAAUUUUUCUUUUGGGAGCAGCAUUUGUAUAUUAUGCUGACAUCUUUCUGACAUAUCUUGGCUACGACUCAGAGAAUAUUUGUAACAUUUUCUCACCGAAUAAGACAGAAGACGAGAAAGUCAAAAAUGGAUUCAAUGUUACAGCUUAUAAUAGUCUUUCUGAUUUAAGAGACGAUACAAAAAUAAACAUUGUUCAAAGAAGAAAGCCUAAUAGUUCACAAGAAGAUGUCAUGUCUAAUUCCAUUGAAAAUGAAAUGGACAGCGUAACUAGUCGCACAGAUUGGAUGAAAAUAUUUUUGCUUAUUGUAGCAAUUACUGUGCACAACAUACCAGAGGGUCUUGCUGUUGGUGUUGGCUUUGGAGCAAUUGGUAAAAGUCCCUCAGCUACCUUAGAAAAUGCAAGAAAUUUAGCCAUUGGUAUUGGCAUUCAGAACUUUCCCGAAGGCUUAGCAGUUAGUCUUCCUUUAGUGGCAUCUGGCCUGUCGCCAUUAAGAAGUUUUUUUUUCGGUCAACUAAGCGGCGUGGUAGAACCACUUGCUGGUGUAUUUGGUGCUUUUGCAGUUGUGUUGGUAGAGCCUAUACUACCGUACGCAUUGUCAUUUGCUGCUGGAGCGAUGAUUUAUGUUGUCGUAGACGAUAUCGUCCCUGAAGCACAAUCAUGCGGCAAUGGUCAAUUAGCAUCUUGGUGUACAAUGGCAGGUUUCGUAGUCAUGAUGUCAUUGGAUGUUGGCCUCGGUUGAAAAUGGAUUUUUUAAGGCCUGUAUUUUUUAAGGCUGUUUAGUAACAGCUGUAAUGUGAAGCAUAUAAUGGCUUGUAUUUAUUAAUAGUAACAUAGCGUCUAUAAAUUUGAAUUUGCGUGCGUAAUAAAAAAAAACGAAUGUUCAUUAGCGAGUGUUUCAAAAAGUUUAAAAAAAGCUGAAGAUGCGUAAGUGCUUUGUUUAGGAUGACGAAGUUUAAGGGCUUUUAUUUUUUUAUAACAUAUUUAUAGUUUCGUAAUACCCAACAAUGUUAAACAAAGAAGUCGUUCAAUUAUGCCGCAUCCUACGCUUAUUGCGUGAAGCUUAUCUGCAUUCUUGACAGUUGUAGCAUAGGAAAAUGUUUGGCAUGUAUAAUGUAUGUUUUUUAUUUUUCUGUUUUAUUAUCAAUUAAUAACCUAUACAGAAUGGGUAAAUAUGUGAUUUUUUUAAGGUAAAAAGGCUUAUUGUUAGUAGACGUUAAUAAGAAAUACCCUUCCCCAACCAUUAUAGUGUCAUCCAUUAUAGUGUCAUCCACUACAUUUGACUAUAUUUGUCAUGGCAGAAGUUCUUGCGAAUAGUUUCUUGAACGAAAUGUAAGGUAUCAUCUUGCCAUAGUACUUCGGAAUUUCUCGGCCUCACCUUAUCGAAAAUUAUAGCUAAGAUUAGUAAGUAAAAAAUAUAACUAAGUAUUAUGUUUCAUUUUGUCCGAAGAAGACUUUUGCGUCUCUUGUUUUAGUAAAAAUAUUGAAUAUGAAGAUGGAUAUUUUCAUGCGAAAAGCCAAUUAGAUGUAUGGCGAUAAUGAAUAUUUUCUCAAACUAAAAACGAAAUCCCUCUCUUAACUAUGGACAACCCCCUUGCGUGCGCAAGAACUAUUCACUAAAAUAUCUUCUCACGGCAGCUGAGCUUCUCCCCGCGGUCCCUUACGUAAGUCAAUGUAGAAUAAUUUAUAAUGAGAAAGACGUCAAUAGCUUUUUUGAGGUGUAUUAAUCUGCUAGUUACUAGUACUCAUUUUACAAUGAUAAUUCAUUAUUGCUCAAAUCUUUCAGUUGUAGCCUUUCAAGCACUCGAACAUCUCGUAAUCACUUACGUAAGAGCGUCGAAUACUUGGUUACAUAACGAUGAUAAAUGAUGAUGUCAUCUAUCUGGUUAAAAGGUAAGUGUUCAAUCCUUGAUGUAUCGACGCACUAGUGUUAAUGAAAGCGUCUCAAAUCAGAAGCUUUGCUUUUACGGGCUGGUAAACAACCCCACCUGUUGUUUUUCGCCGCAGAAGCCAUCCCCCCCCUUCCCAAAAGUAAAAUGCAGAGCAAAUUUUGUUCGUUUAUGGUUUAAUGUGCGGGCGUUCAUCUUGACUUAUCUGGACUUGUCUAAAUAUCAUCGUUAAGAUGGUACGUUCUGACCACGCGCGAGGCAAACCUUAAAUGGUUACUGCUUUUUAUGGAAGAUAUGUCAUCAAAACGGCAAGACGCGUACGCAAAACUAUAUCUUCGCAGUACAUCUACGUAAAAGUGUAUCUUCUAGCAUAUUUUCGUGCGGUAUUCUGAUGAUUGAAACAAUUUUUAAUUUUUGACCGAACCUUUUGCGUUGAACGCAUUUACUAACUUCGUGAUUGUGUCGUGAGAGCGUUUACGACCGAUGGAUUGUAUCAAAGAUACGUAAAAUCUUUCUCCGUUGUGCUUUCGAGUCACAAUAUAACUUAUUUUUUCGAUUGUUACAUUUGAAGAGUAGCUAAAAAGUACUUUCCGUAGGCUUUAAAUUAUUAUGUUUGUCGUAAUUUGUCAGUUUUUGGUCAAUAUGGUUCGCUUGCAAACAAUUGUUUUUUUGCAAGAUCUCUUGCACACAGCGUAAAACUCAUGGCGUAUUUUUAUCUUCUUUAAGUCUCGCACUCAAGUUUCCUUCACAAUUCCUCGCAUUCUCCUUCCUACGUCCGGUAUUUUUCAGCUUUCUAGAUGUUCCAUGGGUUCUGUUCUUGAACGCCUCCGAUUGGUUGUAGUUGAAUCACGUGAUGUGGUUUUGUUGCAGUGUUUUUCAUCGGCCUGAGAAAUUUUGAUACACAUCAGCACUUAAGCACUCGCCGCGUCUUGUGUGCACACGUGUUUAACUGAAUGUAUAGCUAUUCAUAAGUACUUUACUAAACCAGCAUCGCAUUUCGAUAAAAGCUUGUUAUCUAUCUUGAGCGGACUUCACAUGAUGACGUUGCGUUUUGUUCGUCAUUUUGUCACAGCGUAUGUAUGGUCUUUCUUCAACUGAAUAUAUGUUGUCCGUUCGUUUUUAAUGACAUCGUGAGAGCUGGUUCUUUUUUUUUGGUAAAAUCUCUUCCCAUAAGCUUUUUUUCGAUAUCAUUUGUCUUACCAUCUGGUACAUGCAACACCCCAGCGUUAAUACACAUCUCUUGAAAUGCACUAAUCACAGUUUUUCCAGCAUUAAGAGCAUUUUAACACUCAGUAACUGAAACGUUUUUCACACCCAACAGCAUGUCAACUGUGCUCAAAUAAAAGCUUUUGCCGAUGAUUGUGUUACCGCUCGAUUACGCUGCCAAAAACUGCCCAUUGUAUGCUCCUCUCUCCUGAGAAAAAAAGGAUUUGCACUGUCGUCCAUCUCCGUAUGAGUCCAUUACUGAUGAUUUCGUGUUGAUUGAAAGAUAUAAACUGAUAAAUCUUGGCGUUUGUCGCUGCCAUCUGACAAAUAAAACAGAUAUUUCUUUCUGUCAUUCCACACACAAACACCAGACAAGAACUAUUGGAAAGCGUCUUCUUGAAGUAGCCAUUAAGAAUGUUAACGUCUUUAAUAAGCAAAAACAGUCGCAGUAGAUCAGUGAACGAGUACGAUUUGAACUACAGCAACAAGCCUGUUGGUCAAAAGUCCCAUUUUAGAUUUUUCUCUCGUAAAACCAGCAAAAGUUUCCCGCGCCCUCAACACAUCCAUAGCGAGCCAACGCGACGGAAGUUCAACUCUUCUCUUCAAAUGCACAGGCAUCAAAAUUCAUCCAAACGCGACAUUUGCAGCUAUGGUUCUACUACCAAUGUCGACUUGAAUCUCUCAUCGAACAAUUCAAAUCAUCGCAACUCUGAUGACAAUAUUCCAAUGGCGUAUAUUGACUCUCUUGGUACAGAGAGAAGGCUUGCGAUCUGCUCUGAGUUAGAAAAAAACACGCUCAUGAAAAAUGGAGAGAGUUUGCUAAUUUGUCAUAAGAAUUUGGUCAUUCGAGACGUUUUGGAAAGCUAUGCAUUUAUUUAACUUUUAGAUAUUGGCGAUAAGAUUUUAUGGCAAAAAGCUCUUUUGCUACUGCACUUUGCGAGGAAAUUGAUGGUUUGCUUGGUGACGCGAAUAAGAAGCUUACCUUCACAUUACUGCCUGUAAUGUUUAAAAAGAGUCAGGCUUAUCGUCGAACUAUGUCGAAAAUAUUAAACGGGACUGACUUAUAUAAGUAUAUAGGCUUAUAAUAUUUCAUUUGAGUAUGUAGUUUGUGUAAUAUAAUAAAAAUUUUGUCGGCAAAACUUUGUCCGAUAAGAUGGAUUGUAGCUGGCUAAA